AUGCUUGCCUCAAAGCCAGUGGAUAUUCCUAUGGACCCUCAUCAGAAAUUUGGAGUUGGAGUUAAUGAUGGUGAAAUUCUCAAGGAUGUGCAUUCAAACAGAAGCCUAAUUGGGAAGUUGAUAUAUCUAGCAGUGACAAGGCCAAACAUAUCCUUUUCUGUAGGAGUACUCAAUCAGCUCAUGCAGUCUCCUCAUAAAGCACAUUGGGAUUUUGUUGUUCGGAUCCUUCAAUACUUGAAGGGUGCUCCUGGUAAAGGACUUAUUUAUCAUCCCAAUAGGCAAAUGGAGUUAGUAAAGUUCUCUGAUGCAGAUUGGGCAGGAUCGGCUAGUGAUCGUCGUUCUACUACAGAAUAUUGUACCUUUGUAGGGGGUAACCUGGUUACAUGGCAUAGUAAGAAACAAACUACCAUGCAAGGUCCAGUGUUGAAGUAG